CCUCAAAUCAGAGACGCGCUGUCCGGCUAACAAGCGAAGAGGCUGAAGUGUGAUAUUGAUCGAAAUCUAACGACAUAUUUUCUCCCAUUUGGAUCAACGAAUCCACCAUAAUAUCCUCUGAAUGGUCAAGACAAACAACGACGCUAACGCUAACCGCAGCUAACGAGCGUGUCCUUGAAAAGUUUGGACUUGCCGUGAUGGUCAGCAGCGUUAGCAUGAGCCGUUAGCCGCAGGGCUAACGGAGAGCCCGCGUGGCAUUUUUUUGGACUCCAUUCGUGGCCUUUGGGAAAUUUCGGAACGCUCAACAGUAAUCAAGUGUGCCGGGGUCAGGUGCGUCGCCAUGGCAACGCGCGCCGUGGCGGGUCCUCCCACUCGUGGGAGCGUCACGUGGAGUUGAGUCGAAGUUCAGCAUUGUGGAAGCUGCUGCUUCUGCCCGUUCUUUUCCUCGGGAUGCCAUCCGCAUGUCGUCCUCAGCCGGGCCCGAGCUAGAGGACUCCGCCUCCGCUGCGCCCGUCGGCGGCGCCGUUGGCGGCCGCGGUCCCCUGGUUCCAUUGCCCCCUUUGGCCUCCAAGGCCUUGUCCGAGUCGUUCGCCCGCUUGCGCUACCUGGACACGUCGUUGCUGGUGUGGCGGCAGCAACAGGCGGCGGUACCCCAGCAUCCGUCCUCCUACCUCAGCCGCAGUCAGUCGGCCUGGUACAGCAGCUACGGCAACAGCGCCGUGGUUGUCCCCGACAAGAGCCGCCUUGACGAGGAGCAGGGACGCUCCAGGAUCUGCGUGCUCAUGUAGCGCUGCGGAGGGCUGAUCACACAGCCAACCCUGGACAAUCCCUUUCGGGACCUGGAAAUGCUCAAUGAUUCCAGCCUACGACUAGAUUCUGGAACUGGGAGUCGAAUACUAGCCCCUAAUCACUGUGAUCGAAGGAGGGCUGGACUGGCACCCC